AUGUCGUUAAAUCUCUGCAAGUUCGUUCACGACAAAGUGCAAGAAAAGAAACUUCGCAAACUUGCAAAAAAGUGUGGUACAGCUCCUGAGAAUCUCCCUACGAUUCUUCAAAAUCCAGAUAUUGUCACUCUUGUUCUCAAAUAUUUAAAAAUCAAAGAUACCGACGACGAAAUGCCUGCACUUUUGUUCGAUUGGAAUCAGGCCGGCUUCAACGACACCAAAGUUACACAUCAUCGUAACGGUAUCAUGGGACAGACCCAAAGGGCUAUAAUCGCAAACAUCCUUGCAUACGGAGCAACCAAUUUUAUGAAUCUGAACAUACUAUUCAUUUUUCGAAAUGGUCAAGCAAUCGAGGCUUGGUACAGGAAUAUUGAUGUGGAUUUGUUUUGGGCGAAACGUCAAGUCGGUGUUCCAGAUAUCUGUAACAACAUCUUAAGAUUAAAUAGGAUUACGGCCCACACAACCUAUGUCGAUAUCGUGGAUUUUUUGGAAAAAGUCAAUAGCGAGAUAAAACAACGCAAUAGGGACAAGAAGCUUCGAGAUCAAUGUCUAUCUUUGGUUAGCCAUAAGAAAAAGGGAACAGAUAAACUCUGGCAAGAAUUAUUCAAUACUUCUUUAGAGCUGAGUUCGCAAGAUCACUCUAUAUCAAAAAAUAUUAAAUCAGGACAGAUCGAAUUUCUGAGACGGCCCGUCCCGAAAAAUUCAAGGGCAUGGAUGGUUCUGCGAAGCUUGUGCGAUACAGCCAUAGGCGCAGAAGAUCGAGCUUCGAAGGCUAAUCAGGAAGAAAUCAUGUGCUGGUCUCUUUAUGGUAGGGAUUUUGAAUUUCUAGUUGGUGAGAUGAGUAGUAAAAAUAAAAUUGGCGAGAAAAAA